GCCAUGACUUUUCCCAUUUUCUUCCACAGGCAACAGCACCACUCGUCCAUACUCACCAGUCACCACCCAAUCUCUCUGCCCAUAACAUCACAGUGACUCUCUCUCUCUCUCUCUCUCUCUCUCUCUCUCUCUCUAAAAAGCCACAACAAACACCAUGUUAGGCUCGUUUGGGAACUCUUCCCAGUCUCCAAAGAAGAAGCAGCAGCAGCAGCAAAAGCAAGAAGGACAAUGGUUAGCAUUAAGUUUCAACCCAGAGAACUUUAUUCCAGGCCUUGUCAUUGGUUUCAUUCUUGGGCUUUUGUUGGAUCUAUCUAAGCCCUCCAAAAACAAAACCAAUAAGAAAAAUUUCGCACCAGGCAAACCGCAAUUUGCUGUCUCAAAUAACAGUGACCAAGAGCUCAAAAUGGUUCUCAUAGUUAGACAAGACUUAAAGAUGAAAUCAGGAAAGAUUGCAUCUCAAUGUGCUCAUGCUGCCACUGGCAUGUAUGCGGAAUUGAUGCAAAGCCAUCGAUCCCUUUUAAGACAGUGGGAGCAAUGUGGGCAACCCAAAAUAGUUGUUACAUGCAAGAAUCAACAAGAAAUGAAUAAGCUGAAGGAAGCAGCUGAGAACAUUGGCCUUCCAACUUUUGUUGUUGCCGAUGCUGGAAGAACACAGGUGUUGUCUGGGUCAAAGACAGUUCUUGCCGUUGGACCUGGACCAAAAGAAUCAGUGGAUUCAGUGACAGGAAAACUGUGCUUGCUCUGACAUUGUUGAA